AUGAACACCCCUUUCAUUAACUUUGGAGCUCUCCAAAAGAUCCCGACCCCCCGGUUCGAAUUGGCCGUCGCAUACGGUACUGGCCUCUGGUGCUGGUUCCAAGUACCCAAGGCAGCGAGCCACAGGCAGCGAGCCACAGGCAGCACACUACCCAAGUCCCAGGUGACAGAGUCCGGCAUGGCGGCGGCCCCUCCCUUGCCAGAGCCAGGACUUCAGAUGACCAGCGGAGCCCUUUUUUGUCAUCAUGAGCAGGUCAGGGGGUGUGGGCCCAGAAGCCCCUUAUCCAGCCAAUGGGCCGCCGUCCCUACCCGUCGGGACGACGCCAUCUGCCACAUGUCAACUCUGUCUGCCGAGUCUCCCCUUCAAUCUCAGCCCUACAUCCCAACGCUGUGGAUAGGGCGCUCGCUGGACGUGCUCUUUCAGGCCACCCGGGAGGAUCUUAUCCCUUGGAUCGGGUUCGCCCUACGAGCAAGGCAGACAUUAGGCUUAUUUUUCUCCUCGCUUUCUCCUACUCUCUCUCUCUCUUUUGGCACAGCUCAGCUCAGCUCCCCUUACUUUUACUUUUCUUACCAAAAGCGGCAGGAAGAUUCACAGGAUGCCAAGCUGCUGGGUCACGUCUCCCGCCCCCCUGAGACAAGAUAA